UUUUUCUCUUGUCAGUGUCUGAAACUGUCAGUCGGUGAGUGAGAAGCGAUGGUGACAGAACGCAGUGAAACAACUCCACUACUUCUCAAUCAGCCAAAACAAAUAAGAAAUGGCUGGCUCUACCUCGCAGUGUUCUCUGCAGUUUUGGGCAAUUUUAACUUCGGAUUUUCUCUGGUGUAUCCCUCACCGGUGAUACCCAAGCUCAGAAAUAGUGAUGACCCACGUCUGCACAUGGACACCCAUCAGAUUUCCUGGUUUGGUUCUAUUUUCACACUUGGAGCUGCAGCAGGGGGUCUGAGCGCAAUGCUGAUGAACGACAGAACUGGACGAAAGCUGAGUAUCAUGUUAUCUGUAGUGCCAUCCACUGCAGGCUACCUUCUGAUGGGCGCAGCGCAGAACGUUUGGAUGCUCCUCCUGGGCAGAUUUCUCACCGGCAUUGCUGGUGGAAUUACCGCCAGCUCCAUUCCUGUCUACGUAUCAGAAAUUUCACAUCCAGGUGUGAGAGGUGCUCUGGGAUCUUGCCCUCAGAUCACAGCUGUCUUUGGAAGUCUGGCACUCUAUGCUCUUGGCUUGGUUUUGGAUUGGCGGUGGCUGGCGGUAACUGGGGAAUUCCCCGUUCUGCUUAUGUUAAUCCUCCUCUGCUUCAUGCCAAACUCCCCGCGUUACCUCAUCACCCACGGCAAACGGGACGAGGCCUGCAGGGCCCUUAAAUGGCUCAGGGGGCCUGAUUCAGACUACAUGACUGAGCUCAAUCAAAUUGAACGCAGCGUCAACUCACAGGUUGGAUUACAAUGGUCCGAUCUCAGGAGUCCUUUCUACUACAAGCCAAUCUUAAUCUCUGUGUUUAUGAGAUUCCUGCAACAGAUGACAGGGAUAACACCCAUUUUAGUUUAUUUGCAGCCUAUCUUCCUCAGAACAAACAUUUUACUGGAUCCCAAGUAUGAUGCAGCGUUAGUAGGAGCUGUAAGACUGUUGUCUGUUAUGAUCGCUGCCAGUUUAAUGGAUAGAGCUGGCAGAAAAACUCUGCUCUUCGCAUCAGGAUUUCUGAUGUAUUUGGCCACGCUUUCAAUGACCAUGUACACCCUCAAAACACCAUGUGAUGCCAGCAAUGUUACCGUCCAGGCAAGUGGGCGGCUGUUAGAGGGACACGGAGCAGUGAUGGGACCUCUCACAAACUCUAUCACACUUGUUCCCCUCAUUAGCACCAUGGUCAUUAUAUUUGGUUAUGCGAUGGGUUGGGGUCCAAUCACAUGGCUGCUAAUGUCAGAGAUCCUGCCGCUGGGGGCGCGUGGCAUAGCGUCCGGUCUGUGUGUGGUGGUCAGCUGGGUCACUGCUUUCAUACUGACGCAACUCUUCAUGCAUGCAGCGGACGCUUAUGGGUUGUUUGCACCGUUCCUGUUCUUCUGUGUAAUCUGCGUGGUGAACAUCAUAUUCACAGCCGUGUGCGUGCCUGAAACGAAGGGACGAACGCUGGAGGAGAUUGAGAACUACUUCAGAACCGGACGCUCCUUCACCAUUCUUGACGGUUAACGCAAAUGUUUUUUUUGUUUUUUUAUCAGGAGUUUUUAAUUUAUCAUGUUAACAAAACAAGAACAAACACAGUUUGCAGUCCUAUGCAAAAGUUUGAGCACCCCGGUCAAGUUACAUUUUGUUGAAGUGCAAACAUCUACAGAGUACACACUUAUGCACAUUUGAAUGCACAAUUACUGCUUUUUUGAUGAAUUUAACAUAUUUGGGGCCUGUGCAAAAUUAUG